AUGUCCAAUUUGUAUGCUCGCGAUGGCAUCUCAACGGUUGACCCGCCUCUGUCCCAGGCGGUCGGCUACGUGGUUGUGGUUGUGAUUGGAAUUAUUAUUGCUUUUAUCAUGAUGCUUGUCACGAAAGUGCUGAAGAAGACAGCAGGAGAAGAUAAUAAGAAGACAGAGAUGUUUAUGACAGCAAAUCGAACAGUUCGGACAGGUCUUACAGCAUCCGCUGUGAUAUCGUCUUGGCUAUGGUCUACUGCACUCCUAGGCUCUUCAUUUGUCGGUUAUAGCUAUGGUAUCGCCGGCCCCUUCUGGUUCGCUGCUGGCUGCAGCCCUAUGAUCGUGUUUUUUGCUCUACUUGGAAUCUCGUGUAAACGAAAGAUUCCCGAGGCACAUACAUCUUUGGAGGUUGUUCGUAUUCGCUACGGCCGAGUCGCUCAUGUGGUAUUCAUGGUGCUUUGUCUUGUCAACAACAUCUUCGCCUGCGCAAAUAUGCUACUCGGAGCUUCCGCUGUGAUUACUGCCGUCUCUGGAAUGCACAUUAUUGCAUCUACCUUCCUAUUACCCGUCGGAGUGACAAUCUAUACCUUUGUCGGUGGAAUUAAAGCAACUUUCUUGACUGAUUAUUUUCACACCGCAAUUAUCUUGAUAAUCGCAUGCUACUUUUCUAUCAAGGCAUUCUCAACCGACCAAGUUGGCUCAAUCGAGAACUUGUUUGAUCUAGUGCAAGCAGCUGCCCAGCGACAUCCAGUUUCUGGAAAUCAUGAGGGUACCUACCUUACUAUGACAUCAAAGAGCGCGAUUCUAUUUGCUAUACUUCACACCUGCUCCAACUUUGGUCUGGUAAUUAUGGAUACCAGCUAUUUCAUCAAAGCCUUCUCGGCAAAGCCAUCAGCGGUGGUACCGGGAUAUACAAUUGGUGGAAUCGCUUAUUUUGCCAUCCCUUGGGCGCUAGGUACUGUGAUGAGCUCUGUGGCUCUUGGUCUUGAGAACCAGUCAAACUUCCCAACUUUCCCUCGGAGAAUGACAUCUUCGGAGGUCAGCAGUGGUCUUGUACUCCCCUAUGCUGCGAUCACAAUUGCAGGGAAAGGUGGAGCCGCAGCUGUGCUCUUGAUCAUUUUCAUGGCUGUAACUUCAACCCUCUCGGCACAAGUGAUUGCAGUCAGCUCGAUUCUCAGCUUUGAUGUUUAUCGCGAAUACUUCAAGAAAUCUGCGACUGACAGGGACUUGAUUCGAUCCAGUCAUUUCGGUGUGGUAUUCUUCGCUGCGUUUUCAGCCGGCUUCAGUACGAUGCUUCACUAUGUCGGAAUUGACCUUGGUUGGACUUUGUACAUGCUUGGAGUCGUGACCUGCCCUGGCAUUUUCCCGAUGGUUUUCACCGUUCUGUGGCGUAAACAUAGCAAGGCAGCGGCCAUUCUGUCACCUGUUCUUGGUUUGGCCACUGGGCUUGCUGUCUGGCUGGGAACUGCCUCUCGCUUUUUUGGUGAAGUAUCCGUUGCAACGACAGGUGAAAUACUACCGUGUGUCUACGGAACAGUAGCCUCCUGCUUCUCGCCAAUCUUGUACUCGGUCGUGAUCACUCUUAUCAAACCCCAGAACUAUGACUGGGCCCACUUCAAAAAAGAGAAACUUGCAUUGGAAAAGUUGGACAGUGAGCUAACCACCGUUCACCAUGACGAGCCCUCUAGUCAAAAUGUGGCCGGCAGCAUCGAGGAAGGUGGUGUGAACAGUGCCUCCGCGGAUGCGCAAGAGCUCAAGCGAUGGGGCCGUAUCGCUGCCUUUUGGUCUGUCGCAACAUUCCUGGGUCACUGGGUAAUCUGGCCGUUGCCCAUGUAUGGUUCGCAGUAUGUUUUUGGAAAGAAAUUCUUUGUUGCCUGGGUUGUCGUCGCCAUUAUCUGGCUAUGGGGUACCAUGCUUAUUGCAAUUUUUGCACCGUUACUAGACGGCGGCAUACAACAGAUUCUUCAGGUCUAUCGUGGUCUCACUGGGAAAGAUCAUAUUUCUGGAACUUCCGAUGGUAACAAAGAAGUUGGAGUUGCGAGUACCCCCGCUUCACAAUCUGGAGGGUCUGUUAGCGAAGGAAAGGAGGUCGCUGGCGGGAACUUCUGA